ACGCGAGCUGCGGAGCCAAGGAGCGGGCGUCGGUGGAAGGGCGUGCGAUCGCCGAGCUCCGUAUUAUCCUUGUUGUUUGGGGGUUCGAGACUUUUUUCGUUUUUCCGAGGGGAGGGCGAGGGACCGAGGAGGUGGGCGCCGCCCCCGCCCGCCCUCCAGUCCAGCAGUCCAGCAACUGGUCCGGCAGAGCCGCCGUCCUCCUCCCACCCCCCGGGGCCGGCCCGGAGCGAGCAAGGAGCCAGGAGGAUGGAGGAGAAGUACCUGCCCGAGCUGAUGGCGGAGAAGGACUCACUGGACCCCUCCUUCACUCACGCGCUGCGGCUGGUGAACCAAGAAAUUGAGAAGUUCCAAAAAGGAGAAAGCAAGGAAGAGGAAAAAUACAUUGAUGUUGUGAUUAAUAAGAACAUGAAGCUGGGGCAGAAAGUGUUAAUUCCUGUAAAACAAUUCCCCAAGUUCAACUUCGUUGGAAAGCUUUUGGGUCCACGUGGCAAUUCACUGAAGCGUUUACAGGAAGAAACUUUGACCAAAAUGUCCAUUCUUGGAAAAGGUUCCAUGAGAGACAAAACAAAGGAUUAUAAUGAUGAAAUCAGGCAAGCACAACUCCAAGAAUUGACAUACUUGAAUGGUGGUUCCGAAAAUGCAGAUGUUCCUGUUGUUCGUGGAAAACCACCAAUGCGGGCACGGGGAGUGCCAGCUCCUGCAUUAUCCAGGGGAAGGGGAGGUGUUGCACCCCGGCCAGCAGGUGUACCUAGAGGUGCACCAGCUCCCAGAGGAGUCCCUCCCAGUCGAGGUCCAGUCAGCCGUGGUAGAGGACUUCUUACCCCCAGAGCACGAGGAGUCCCCCCAACAGGAUACCGGCCUCCUCCCCCACCACCAACACAAGAGACAUAUGGAGAAUAUGAGUAUGAUGAUGGAUAUGGCACUGCUUACGAUGAGCAAAGUUAUGACUCCUAUGAUAACAGCUAUAGUACCCCAGCACAAAGUGGUGCUGAUUACUAUGAUUAUGGGCAUGGACUUAGUGAAGAGACUUAUGAUUCAUAUGGACAAGAAGAGUGGACUAACUCAAGACAUAAGGCACCUUCAUCAAGGACAACAAAGGGAAUCUACAGAGACCAGCCAUAUGCCAGAUACUGAUUGUACUGUCUGAUGUUGUGAAAUAUCCAAUCUCCACCAGUCCUGUAUACUGUUCAAAGUAAUUUUUUUCUAUGAACAAUCCCUUUUUAAUAAAUCAAAGCGCUUAAAAUCUGAAUGGAUGGACUGAACUUAAACUACUUUGUUGAAACAACAAACUGGGCAGAAAGACAUGUAAAACAAGGAAUUUUGUUAUUGCCAGUCUGUACAUGACAAAUAGGAGAUCAAAAGAAAAAAAAAUAACCUUUGAUUAACUAGUGUUAAACAAAAAUUAGGUUUACUAAACAUGUUAAUCCAUUCUUUUAACAUAAGCCUCACCUUUCCUUUUAAAGGUUGUCCACAGAAUUUAGUUCUAUCAACCAUAUGCUAGUUUUUUCUCUUGCAAAGAUGUGUAAAAAGGGAAGCCAAUUACAAAUGCAAAUAAUGUGGUAUUCUUUUGUAACUCAAGUCUUGAAAUGUUCUGUAGUGUUAAGCAAAGUCUCUUCUUGCUUGAUACUAAAUAAACUUUUGAAAGAAAA